CCUGCCUCUUCUGUCUCCAGCUCAGUGUCUCUCACUGAUCCCACAUCAGUGAAGCAGCAGCGGCCACACAGAGAAGAUGGCACUGGCCGACACGGAGCGCGCAGUGUCCAACUGUGGAGACUCUCCGUUUUCGGAGAUCAUCGAGCUGAAUGUCGGCGGGCAGGUUUAUGUGACCAGACACAAAACUCUCAUCGCAGUGCCAGACACGCUGCUGUGGAACAUGUUCAGCAAGAAGACACCAAAGGAUUUGGCGAGAGACAGCAAAGGGCGCUUCUUCUUGGACAGGGACGGCUUCUUGUUCCGUUACAUCCUAGAUUAUCUCCGGGACCUGAACUUGGUCCUCCCGGACUACUUCCCCGAGAAGAGUCGGCUGCAGAGGGAGGCUGACUUUUUCCAGCUGCGGGACCUUGCCAAGCGUCUCAGUCCCCGGGUGAGUAAGGACAAUUCAAUCAGCGAGGAGAUCAGCCAGAGUGACACGGAGGAAGGCGCGCAGCAGUGCUGCUCCACCGCCGGCAUGGAGACUUUACGCACCAUGUCGGUCAGCGGCACCAUGCGCUCCCCGUCACUGGACUCCAGAAAGUCGGGUUAUAUCACGGUAGGAUACCGCGGCUCGUACACCAUCGGCAGAGACAUCCAAACCGACGCCAAAUUCAGGAGAGUGGCGCGCAUCACCGUGUGCGGGAAGACGUCUCUGGCCAAAGAAGUGUUUGGUGACACGCUGAACGAGAGCAGAGACCCGGACAGACCCCCGGAGAGAUACACAUCCCGGUACUACCUCAAGUAUAAUUUUCUAGAGCAGGCGUUUGACAAGCUGACAGAAGCUGGUUUCCACAUGGUGGCCUGCAGCUCCACAGGCACCUGCGCCUACACCAGCAACGAUCCAAACGAGGACAAAAUAUGGACAAGCUACACUGAAUAUGUCUUCUGCCGGGAAUAACGAACAGCACACAUGUUGGUGUAUAUAGACAUUUCAUAAUCUAGAGGGGAAUGUCUUUAAAAAGUAUUGCAUUUGCUGUCUUUGGGUGACUGACUGCAAAGAUGUUGCUCCAUUAUUCUAGUCACAGUCAGGUAGCAGUACUAUCCCGUAAAUGCCCCUAAAUAGAUGAAACAAACAUGUUUGACAGUCCAAGAGAGAAGCAGGGCAUCACCUGAGUUGAUCCUUGGAAGACACCAUCCCAUUAUAGUGCAUGUCAAUGUUUCAGUCAUACCUGACCCAGUGUUUUGUGGACUGAGCGGGAUCCAAGAGCAGACCAAGCAGCAUUUAGUAUUCAGUGUCAUUGUAACUUCUAGACCUGCUUGAUCACAUGUUCGGUCAAGUUUUGUAUAACCUAGUAUCUUCUUCUUAUCACUGACAUGAUUGUAAGUGUAUGUGCUUUUCUUGAUAGAGUUGUAUUUGUUGUUGAAGAUGAAAUAAAAUCUUAUACUCUGCUAUUCUCA